AUGAAGAGCAGUCAGCGUUGUGAGGGUAUGCUUGCUUUUUUCAAUGAGCGCCUCAAACGAAAACUGAAACUAUUCGAAUUUGUUAGAUGUUUUGACAUGGCCCUUUAUCGGUUACGAAACAAAGAAGCGGAUGCCGAGGCAAAAACUGACAACAGUGAUCCUUGUCUUACCACAACACUUCAACCUCUAGAGAAACAUGCAGCAACCAUCUUUACCAGACGUUUGUUCUUAAUGUUCCAUAAUGAAAUAAUUGAGGAAGGAUUGUUGAUUUUUGAUGGAAGGAAAGAGAAGUUUGAUCAUCGCAUAUACAAAUUUUCAAAGUACACUGAAUUUGGUUCCACAUGGGAAGUGUCAUACCAUCCUGCAACUAGCAUAAUGAAAUGUAGUUGCAAAAAGUUUGAGUUCUUUGGACUUCCUUGCAGCCACAUGAUUUUUGUGAUGAAAUGUGAACACAUGACUGAAAUUUCCCCAAGUUGUCUGAUGCAUCGUUGGACAAAGCAAGCAAGAAAGGUUGGUGAACAACAUUGCCAAGCCCAAUUCUCUAGCACUCUUACACAGGAGACACGUUUUGGGGUUCUUUGCUCUUUUUUUACUAAAAUGUGUUCCUAUGCCUCACAAACAUCUAAAGGAUUUGAAGAGGCUAGGAAUGCAUUUUUCACUAUGACAUGUCGGAUGAAGCAGCUUUGCAUGGCCAAGGGAACUAAUGUUGAUGAAGGAAAAAGUUCACUGCCGCCAUUUGGGGUUGGGGAUCCGAAAGUAGUGAACACGAAGGGGAAUACUGCGGGAUCCUACAUGGCUAAACCUCGAAAGCCAAGGCGAUGCCAAUGUUGCAGGGUCGUCGGGCACACAAGGAGAACUUGCCCCCAAAACGAUCAUAAAACGGGACAAGUGGGUAGCAAUUUGUUUGAGGAAUAUGAUGAUUAUUAUCCAAUUGGUACUCCCACCCCUUUACACUGA